AUGGGGAAUUGUAUGUACAGAUGCAAUGAUGGCGAGACUGAUAUUCUUCAACAGUCGGUCGACAAUCAAUUAUCAAACAUGUCAUCGGUUCACAGUAGCUAUGGUACGAGUACGUUCGGACGACCCACCACAGUUGCGACUCCAACUACCUCUACCACCAGGACAUCGAUCGCUCAAAGCGUCGCGAGUAAUGGCGAUAGAUCGAGUUCGGUUUAUCCGAUACACAACAACGAGGACGAAAUAAAUCGGCUUCAACUGAUGCAUUAUAUGGUGAGAUACGGCUGGGAAGGCAACUUUUCAGCCCCGAUACAUAACAUUCUCAAAGCGGGGAAGGCAAAGGUACUGGAUAUAGGUUGUGGACCCGGAACAUGGAUACUCGAGAUGGCAGCAGAUUAUCCGCACUCUACUUUUAUAGGACUAGACAACUCUCCGAUAUUUCCAUCUGCAAUCAAACCUCACAACGCGCGAUUCUAUCAGGCAGACGUCCACGACGGGCUACCGUUCGAGGACAAUACAUUUGAUUUUGUCCAUCAACGGUUUCUCGCUCUGGCUCUGAAAGAAGAGGAAUGGGUGCCGCUGAUUGAUGAAAUUGUCCGAGUUACAAAGCCGGGCGGAUACUGCGAGAUAAUGGAAUGUGAUUUUGAAAUCGACAAGCAAGGACCCGUAACUCAGACUCUUGUAGAAGCAGUGAGAACGUGUAUACAAGCCAAUGGGGUUAAUCCUUACAUGCGCGAGAAGAUCGAGGAACUGUUGAGUGAUACGAACAUGAUCGUCGACAUUACUGUGAACGAGAAAGUUACUCCUUUCGGCAGCUGGGGUGGCAGAUGGGGCGAGUUGGUUAGUGAUGGUCUUCGAAUGUCUGCCAGUACCUUCAAACCCAUCAUACAGCCGACGCUCAGACUCAGCGAUGAAGAGUACGUAAAGGCGAUUAAUCAUGCCGUAACGCAGGAAAUGAACGAAUACCGGUCUGAAACAAAAAUGUACAGAAUAUACGGAAAGAGGAAGACUACAACAGUACCGACAGAAUGA